CCAGCCAGCGCCGCCUCCGCCGCCGUUGCAUCUGCCCUGUUUACGUUUCAUCGUCGCGGAGGCGGCCGAAUAUCCGCGACACCACGCGGACAGCACCGUCCUGGAGGAGUCCAGCUGUGGAGGGCCAGGGUGUCGGGUUGUCACCACCAGUGCGAGGUCAUGAAUAGAGCGCUACUGGGGCUGUUGUGCUGGCUGGCCGCCGCUGCCGCCGCGCGCAGUGCUGGCGAUGGGACAGGCCCGCUUGUCAAGAACGACGCAAAGUACCCGUCACAUUUGAAGGUGACGUCACGGCCUUUGGGAGCGGAGCCCGGCAACCACCCUCCUGGACGCAGAGUGAAGCGGAAAAUCAAGCCGGGCGUCGGGCAUGUAAUCGACUCGUUCCAUAUGAUCCCAGAAAUGGGGCUGAACGUGGCGGUGCAAAUUGUCAGUAACGUGACCGCCAAGUCCCCGUGGGCUCUCCGGGCUCGAACUACUACGAGACGUCCUGUGCGCAAGCUAGGCGGCUUGUUCUUCAUCCUCCUCACGCAAGGGGCUGGAAGUCAUGCCAUCGACGUCAAAGAAAACCAGAUCCGCGUACUAGAAGACCCGUUGGACCCUCGGUUCGUGCUCAGCGACCAAGGGCCGCAGCCCACCAGCAGUCCGCCGGUUACCACGGCAACGCCGCCGCAUACUGGCGUCACGCCGUCUGUGACGACCGCGCCACCUACAAUUUCGACGGUGGCGCCACCCACGCCACCCACGACGCCCGCGGAGCCGUCGUACACGUUUGACUUUCCUGAAGAGUGCGGCACCCGGCCGACUUUCGGACUCAGCGACAACGUGCGCUUGCUGGCUCCACGACAAGAGCAGACCAGGGUGAUUGGAGGCGCCCCCGUGGCGUCCGGCUCGUACCCGUGGCAGGCGCAGAUCGAGAUCGCCGUGAAUCGCGGCUACCAGCACAGCUGCGGAGGGAUCGUCAUAUCGCCCAACCUGAUCCUGUCGGCCGCGCACUGCCACACCAAGAACGAGAACAACUACCAGGUUCGUGUCGCGCAGCACAACUUGGGUGGUGCGGACCCCUUCGAGAGAAUAUUCGCAGUCCAGCAGACUCAUAAACAUUUUCUCUACAGGUCAGAGAACUUGGCCGGCCAGAGGAACGACAUCGCCUUGUUUAAGCUAAAGUUCCCAAUAGGCGCGCCACAGGCCCUGAUGUUCAACGACUAUGUGCAGCCCCUCUGUCUGCCCACGGUGAACACUACGCUGUUCGUCGGGCAGGAAUGCCACAUCUCCGGCUGGGGUCUGGUGGAUCCCAACCAAUCAGAUAAGGAUGAGCCGUCGGGCGUGUUGAGAGGAGCCAUCAUCAACAUCCUGGACCCGGCCAUCUGCAAACGCGCCUAUCGGAGGAGCUUUGACGAGCGACUGAUGGUCUGCGCUGGCCGGGAAGAAGGUGGCGUGGACACGUGCCAGGGUGACAGCGGCGGGCCUCUCAGCUGCCGCGACGAGACAGGCCAAUGGUUCGCGGCUGGAGUCGUCUCGUUUGGCUGGAAGUGCGGCCAGGCGGGUAACCCCGGGGUCUACACCAGGGUGUCGGCCUACCUGGAGUGGACGCACCGCACGGCCGCGUUUCUGACGGGCGGCAUCAUCAUCUAGCCGUCCGUGUAACGCGGGUGGCGAUGAGGAUAAUGAGGGUGGCGGUGACGGUGACUGUGUGGUGGAGAAGAUGAUGACGAUGAGAUCGAUGCUGGCGAUGGUGAUCAUCCGGGUAGCAAUGAUGCUCGUUGUGACACUGGUGAUUCCAGUAGUGUCAACAAUGAUGAAGGCAGUGAUAAUGGUGAUGUUGAUGGAUGUCAUCACCCUCGAUCGUGAGGAUGUCGUUGUCGUACGCGUGAUCCGGGCCACGAAAUACAACACAUAACUGACCUCGGCACAAACAGCCUCAACGGUUACUGACAUUCGCAAGAUGAUGAACGUGGGCUGGCUCAUCGAUUUGAAACGCAGCGCAACAGAACAGUUAUUAACUUGAAUGAUGUCAUUCACGUUGGAAAAGCAUGGCAGCACCGCUUUGCCGAAGCCAAUCUCAGCAAGCCAGCUGGCCUCAGAUGACCGGCCAUGGCUCAGUGCUACAAAGUGUGAAAAUCCGGCCGCAAGAUUGUGGUGCUCUGUUAAUGCUGGUGCCGAAACAUAAUGACGUUUUUAUGAAGCGCAUUGACCGCGGCGAUGUUGGUGCGGCACUUAACCUGUCACACAAACCGGGUAUCGGCGUGCAUUUAUCAAUAAAUGUGCAACUCAUUUGA